GUCUCCUACUACAUUUUGAUAGCAUAUCUGCACCAUCAAGCGGCCCAGCCCGUGAAAAAUUCACGAAUGCACGUGUCGGUUACCUACUCAAGGACACUUCAAGGCUCCAUCCAAUGAGGACGCUGACAGCAGGAUCGUCGACUAUGGAGGUUGACGCAGCUGAGCAGCACCCCCGCGCCGGCCUCGAGCAUCUCAAUGCGAUCCUCAUCGCUCGCGGAUACAUCAAGACGCCACUGGACUUCUCGAUUUCGAAAAGUGAAGAUGCAGCACCAAGAACCGAUUCGUCAGACUCAUCGCGCGGCGAUAAGCUCGAGACCAUUGCGGACCUCCUGACCACCAUUCUCGCCGAGCGUGAUAUGGAUUUGGAAAUGAAGGCGAACCUAGCGGCGAAAGUCCGUGUGCUGGAGAGCAGCCUGGAGCGGAAGGGCAAAGCAUUAGCCGAGGAGAUUGAAACCAGGCUCGAGGCCCAAAGAAAGGAGACGGCAGCGCUGGUGAAAGUUGGCUCCGUUACGCACGAGCUUUCGCGAGAGACAGCAUCUCAUCGAUCGACUCGUGACGAUCUCUUGCGGCUGAGACGGGAUGUGGCCUCCAUCAAGCAAGCUUCAGUGCAGGCAAAGGUCAGGGCCGAGCGCAAAUCUGAGAAUCUGCGUUCCAAGCUCAGCGAGCUGUCAACGCAGGCGUUAAUGGCUAAGGGCUGUGCAGCAGACGUACGAGUAAUCGGCGGUGUCUUCAGUCAUGCAGAAGGCUCAAGGGUCGAGCUCCCUGAGCAAUCAACAGCUGGUCAGUUGGCGAUGGACCAGGUCAAGGAACUGGAAGAAGAGCGGAGCAAGCACCUGGAUGAGAUCAUCGCGCUCAAGAUGUUAUCCGUCGAGAGCAUCAACGCAUUGCGCGAAGCAGGCAGGAAGCUCUCCUUCCACGUAGGUUACGAAAGGGUCGAGCUUGAAAGCGGGGAUGGCGGCAAAAAGCCUUCCGGAAAGAAUAGAGCUAUCGAGAACGUGUUGUUGUCCUCGACCACCAACACAACUGCUUUCAUCGGCGAUCUCUUUCCACCACAGUUCCAGCUUUCAAGAGCAAACGCAGGUACCGAGCACCCAGCGUUCACAGCCCUCUUGGACGCCUUGCAGGAAGUCCGCCACCAAGGCGACCAGCUUGAGGCGCUCAAAAGCGACCGCAGCGCUAGUCUGCAGCGCUUACUCAGCAAGGCCAAGCUCAAGAUCAGCGAGGAAGCGUGGAACGAGGCAAACGGAAGCGCCCAUGCCCGUUCAUCGUCCGCGAGCGCUUCAACGAGCGCGUCAAGCAGUAGCAGCAGCAUCAGCAUGGACGAACUGAGGAGGCAGCUGUUCGCGGCGCAAGAGAAGUUGAAGAGUGUGCAAGCUUCAUGCGAAAGACAAGCACAAUUGCUCGAGCAGAGCGAAGAGGCACAUGUUGCCACGCGUGGUCUCUUGGAGAUGUACAGACAGCGCGAAGACCGACGACUGGACGUUCCAAUGCUUCCUGGCUUGAGCAACAAACGGAAAGACAGAAAAGGCUCAGAUGUCACAGAGAGGCGUGAGCUUACCGAGAAGCUCAAGGAGUUGGAAGAAGAGAAGCAGAGGUACAUCAUGCAACGGCAGGAGCUUGAGCAAGCCAAGGCCAUGCUUUUGGCCGAGAGGCCAGCAGAAGCAAAUUCUCCCGGCAGCGUCGCCAACACCCCCAUGGCCUCCAAGAGCAGCUCUGGCAGAAUGCGCCAAUCACACAGCAGCCGCUCCGGCCGUCGCAUGGACACUGCACUCGACUCUGCACCCGAGCAAGGCGAUGCGUCGAAUGACCUAAGCUUCUCGAAGCACGUCUCGAGGAAACGGCGCCGUGACUCGCUUCUCCUCCAAAACAUGCAACCUGAGUCUUCAGAUCGAAUGGCAACUGCGCUGCCUCGUCCCGAAGCCGAUGCAGGUGAUGGGACGGUCAUUGACCAUGGGGAAGAAGCGACGGUGGACAUUUGGAAGUCAGCGUCAGCGAAACUUUCACGCUUUGCAGGCAUACAUGCCUCUGGUACUUCUUUCAAGAGCAGCGGCGCGAUCAAGCGCAAAGCUGAAGGCGAACCCGACAACCUGCAGUCAUCUUCUCAACAGCAAGCCCCGAGCUCGGAUGCUGCCGCGACAAGCAAGCGCCUCCGAACCGAGCGCUCGGCUCGAAAGAGCGGGUCAAGCAACGCCGGGCCCGCGAGCGAGGAUCCGCACCUUUCGCGUCCGCCACUAGCCAAUCACGAAGACGUGAAUAAUGACCGACGGCGGCGCAGGAGCUCGGCGCGCAUCGCUUCGUUGAGUGAACAGGCCAAAGACGGCGACGCAGACCCGCCUGCUGCGAUAAAGUCUGCAGCAGCGGCACCUACGCGCAGGAAGCUUCUAGGCGCACCAUCUAUGUCUGGUACGAAGAGCUCGAUCGCACGACGGGCCAAGGUGGCAUAGUGUAGAAGAACCUCAUGUUGGCUGCCUAGUUGCAUUGAAAAGUACAUAUUCAGAAAAAAGUCAUGUCGCACCCAUCUUGUGAAGUGGAAUGACACUUUCACGAAGGUGGUGCAGCAUUGGCGCCAUCCCCAAUCGCUGCAGGAGCCGGCGCAUUAAACAUUUCAUCGUCCUCUGCGCUUGGCGACUUGGCUUUUG